ACAACUAGCUAAGCAGGGAGCCGACGAGGGGGGUGGAGUGAAAAUGCGGAAUCACAGGGCAGUUUCCUAUUGCUGGAAGUCAGAGCUGCUGUUGGUCGGAGGGGCUUAGGCUGAGUCGCAGAAACAGCGCAACUGGUAUAAUACUGUCGCUUCUGUUUAUAUAUUUCAUCCUCUGUGUGUGUGUCGGUGUACAUUGUGACCAUAAUGUCAGCAGGCUGUGGUGGUGAUGGAGGGUUGGAGUCGUCGCUGGAGGCGAGUAUAAGCAGCUCUUGUUCGUUCGGUGUCACCCGUGCCAGGAUUUUCAAGAUCAUUGUGAUUGGGGACUCAAAUGUCGGGAAAACUUGUCUAACUUACCGAUUUUGCACCAGUUGCUUUCCGGAAAGGACAGAAGCUACAAUAGGGGUGGACUUUCGAGAAAGGAAUGUGGACAUAGAUGGGGAGAGGAUCAAGAUUCAGCUAUGGGACACUGCAGGACAGGAACGUUUCCGUAAGAGUAUGGUGCAGCAUUACUACAGGAAUGUGCAUGCUGUGGUCUUUGUAUAUGAUAUCACCAAUAUGGCCAGUUUUCAGAGUUUACCUGCCUGGAUUGAGGAGUGCAAACAGCACCUAAUAUCCAAUGAUGUGCCCCGUAUCUUGGUUGGUAAUAAAUGUGACUUGCGAGGCUCUAUCCAGGUUCCCACGGGCACUGCUCAGAAGUUUGCAGACUCACACAGCAUGCCAAUGUUUGAAACGUCAGCCAAGAACACAAAUGACCACGUGGAGGCCAUCUUCAUGACGCUUGCCCACAAACUAAAGAGCCACAAGCCAUUGAUUUUGAGUCAGCCUCCAGAUAGUACAGUGGAGUUGAAUUCAGGUCCAAAGACUUUGUUUCCAUGCGGCUGCUAGGGUUUUUGUUUUUAUAAGAUUUAUCACCAAAACGGAACCACACUAGAACUUUUUUAGACUGGUCUGCAAGUUAUAUGGAGAGUGCAUGGAGUCUGUGAUAAUUGACCAAGGCCUUUAAAAUCAUUGGAAUUUUCCUUAUCUGCAUGAUUUUUAGGAUUGCUACCUGCCGUAGCAUUUGUGCACCGGAUUGCUUGCAUUAUACAUCAGAUAUCUCGGCAUUGUGCAAUAAUUUCCCCUUGGAUGCAGAUGUGUCCAGUGUUAAAAGGUUUUGCUUACUAAGAAAGCCCUAUUUUAAUAAUUAAAGAAAGGGAAGUGAUUAUUGGUUUGCAGUAUGCUCUCAUCAUGACUUACAACUUGAUAGUUUCAACAUCGAUUUAUAUUGAUGGAGCUCCUUGAUGGAAGGUCUCUUGCAUGUAUAUACAAAUUGUUAG